AAACGAUGAGAUCAUCUUUGCUCGGCCGCUGUGUGAUCGCGGAGUCCGCCGCUCGUGUAGUCAGUACCGGUCCUGCGACCGAUUUGGAGUGUUCUUUUAAGCGUUCCAGAAAACGGCUGGAGAAAGGACGGUGCCGCCGCAGCGCUUGAUCACCACGGGAACAAAAUAAGAGUCGGUCUUGGCUCCAGAGAUCAAGAUGGGGACAAAAUUGCAUCUCCUUUUACUUGCGUUGCUCUUGAUGGGUCUUCUGAUGGACGCGUCAGCUCAAAUGCGGCGAAGGAAACAUCGACGUCGUACAACCACGACAACGGAAGCCACCGUUGAAGAUGAGGUCAUGAACACGCUCGAGGCUGACGAAAUAGCCGAGAAGGCAGUGGAGGACGCUGAGGUCACCGUCGAAGAUGGUGGAAACGAGGUUGGAUCGAAGCGUCAGAGCUUGCUCCGUAUGGACCCGUGCAUGGAUAAACACUGUGGCGCAGGACGAGUCUGCAAGGUAGUUGACGAAGACGUAGCCGAAUGCGUUUGCGUCGACGUAUGCGACGAAGAAGUCGACCCUAGACGAAAAGUUUGCACGAAUUACAAUGAAACCUUCGGCAGUGACUGUGAAGUGCACCAAGCGCGUUGCUUCUGUGACACCGGAGACGCCAGGUGCAGAGGCACUGACUAUCAACACGUUCACAUUGUGUACUAUGGUGAAUGUCGACAGAUGCCUAUGUGCAAAGAAGAAGACAUGGCGGACUUCCCAAGGCGCAUGCGCGACUGGCUCUUCAACAUCAUGAGAGAUUUAGCCGAUCGCCAAGAAUUGCCUUCUCACUUCUUGAAAAUGCAACGCGAGGCGGAAACUAAUUUAACAUUGCGUUGGACCAACGCUGCCAUUUGGAAGUGGUGUGAUUUGGACGGCCACCCUCAUGACAGAACUGUUUCUAGGCACGAACUCUUCCCUAUUCGGGCACCAUUAAUGGCUCUGGAGCAUUGUAUCGCGCCAUUCCUCGAUUCAUGCGACAUCAAUGACGACCAUAAUAUUUCCCUUCUCGAGUGGGGUAAAUGUUUACAGCUUGAACAGGAGAAUCUGGAAGACAAAUGUGACGAGCUAGUGGAAGCAGCGAACGUUGGCUAAUUAUAAUUAUAACAAAUUUCAACUAUACGCGGUUAUACUUGCAACUGAAUAGACGAAUGGACGGAUCAAGAAAGCAAUAAACUCAGAGUGUUGGUUUUGCCAGAAUGAAUGAGAAAAUGGCGGGAAAAAGUUGCAAGUAGACCGUUGGAGGCUACGCGCAUGUCUUAGCACACAAACUCGUCGAUAUUGCAAGCUAUCAUUGUGCCAACCGUAGUCUUAGGCCGGGCUCUCUAAUAAUAUGGAGAUAUAUACGUUAGGGAUUACUCACGAUAAUUUCAUAGCAAUUUUUUAAUAACAAGCGAAACCUUUCCUCCGUCUCUCUAUCGUAUAAUCUGGAUAUUAUUCUAAUAGCAACACAUACGUAUUUUCUAUGCAUAUAUAAAUACAGACGUUUUGUAUAAAUUUAUUAUCUGACUGCCAUUUUAUCAAUAAUGUAUGUUAAGUUACAUUUUCGAAGAGAAAGUACAAUAAAUAUAUGAUCACAAUACGCUUCGAAUAACUCAAUUAUUAAAAUGUAGGUAUUAUUUGUACCAUGCACAGUUACAUUAAAGAAUACAUUUAAGACUUGAAUGUUUAA